ACCCUCCAACCAGGGUAUCUCGAUGUUCCUGUAUCAGCACGGAAUCUGCCCCGCGCGCCGCACCUGACAGGUAGUAUCCGGAUCUGGAAACAGACGCGGCACGCGUGAGUUCCUUUUCCCAGGAGCGUCCAAAAUCGGGAGAAGGAAAAUUGACCGGAUCUGAGAGCCACUCGCUGAACUUGCACUGAGACUUUAACAUCCAGAUAUAUUCAACUGCCUGAUUGAUAGACUUGUUGCUUUAUCCAUUGCUGGCCUACCAACCCAUUCCGUUUCUUGCUAGUUCUAAAUACCACUAACCGCCAGUACACCCCUAAACUAUCUGGCGAGCCGACAUCCGACGUAUCCGUCCUUAUAGACAUUCAUAGAUUGCCAUGUCACACAGCGGGCAAGAAACCGCCGGUAAGGUUUUGGAAACUUCUGUGGAGCUGCCCAACUUCCAGACAAUAUCUGACUCGCCGGCAGCCGAGUCCCCCGCCGCUGUCCCUCAGCUCCUUGAGUCGCCGAUGGCCUUGCCAGCAGCGUCACCAGGGUCCGAUACCGGAUCCCCCAACUUACUUAACGGCGAAUUCUACGGCAGUGCCACCCCCCAGUCUUUCCUUCCGACCAGCAAGAAGCCACGGACGCAGUUGCGGAACCCGGUCAAAGAGCUGACAACGGGCAUGUUGAUGCAAAACUCGCCGUCUUUGGCCGCACUCGAGAGCAUCUUAAACGAGAAGACCGGCCUGAAUGCGGCUUCCCAACACAGGAACAGUCAGCCAUUAAUGGGAUCUCGCCUCAACAACACCUACAACCGUAACCCAUCGGUAAACUCGCCGCUGGCCGCCACGCCUCCGCCACCAUACACAUCCCCGGGCGGUAGACAGGGGCGAACCCCAUUGCUCACCCAGCCAUUGGUGACGGCCCGGAACGCCGCGACCCCUCGCGCCCUGGGCAGUACCCCUUCACUUGGCUUGGGGCUCGUGGUGGAGCAGCAGAAAAAGAGACAGCAGAUCCAGCGAUCUUCGCCACUGGUCUCACUGCAGGCCUCACUACUGGGUGUGCCACUUGUCCUGCCGCUGUCUUCAUCGCUGAUCCCUGUGCUAGUCCCGCCAGCGGCUCCCGUAAAGUCUACACACAACCAAACCGGACUAAAACAGGACAUUCCGGAACUACAAAAGAAGAGGAGCACCGGGUUUAAAAACCUCUUCAAACACAACAAAUCUGCCUCAACGUUUGAGGCAUACACACCAGCGCCCCAUCGCUCACCCGUGACACACAACCGCACAAUGUCGUCGCCCACGUUCCCUAGUCCCGUCCAGUCUGAGACUAGAAGCGAGGCCGGAAGUGGGCGGCUGUUCCUGUACCAGCUGCCCGGCGAUGUCAGAGGCACGAGAUCGUUCCAGCAACCCACACCCCCCACCUCCAAAAGGGGUUUAUUCUCGAUCUUCUCCCGGAAGAAGAAGCCUGAGUCUGGUCUCUCCAGCUCCACAUCUGUUCCUAUGGUAGCUAGUCCCUAUGGAACGGCCUCCCAUGCGGCUUCAACCAGCAGCAUUUUCAAUCCGUUCAAACGCAAGGCAUCGCGCCCCGACUUGCAGAGCGCAGGCGCAGCGCUUCCACUUUCGCAGUCCACGCCGGUUAUUAGUCUGGCUCCCGUCGCGACGUUUGAUGAUAUCACCACGCUCAGUGACAGUGAUGGAGAAAGUGAUGCUGCCGUCAAAUAUGGCUCGUACGGGCGAAACGAUGAGGAAUUGAGGCUAGUCGACAACGUUGCCGUGGCGGUUUCUGUAGCGAUGGUGUCGUCGUCCAAGGCGCCGUCACCGUUAAUCCGCCAGGUGAGUAAGCGCGAGCCAGGCGUGAAAAAUUCUUCGUCGGCCGGCUCGCGUUGGAGCUUUGUGACGACGCCAGACGGGACGUUCAAAUCGAUUCUCGAAAGCGAGGGGCCUGCGUUGCCGUCACCGAAUCUCGAUGUGAAGCAGUUUUCCGAGGCAAAGAUGGAAGAGGAUGAGGAGGAGGAGGAGGAGGAUACGGUGUCAUUUACCGAGGGCGAUGAGGUGGCGUUCGCGCCUGGGCUCAAACGCGACGAGUCAAUGAACUACAUUACGCUCGGGGUGUCGCCGGAACCGGCAAAACCCGUGGAGGGUUUUGCCACGGCAGGGAACUAUCUCGCUACGCCUGAAUUUCCUGAGGCGAAGACUAUGAGCUGGGGGUUUUCCUGGCCGCCAGCUUUGGACGAGCUUUCCUCGCCUCAAGCCUCUGACUCUACCUCGACUGACGAAGCCAUGCCUUUUGUUGAGGACUCAAUCCUCUCACACGGCGGUGAGACGCUCUUCCCCAAGUCCCUCGACCAGCGCGAAGUCCAGACUAUUGUCACCCUCGAGCGUUCGCUUUCCACACGCUCCGUCCGCUCGUCAACAUUAAAAAAGCAGGACUCCAUCAAACGCAACGCCCACGAGCUCGGCAUGACCGUAGUGCUGUACGACCGCACACCUGAGCUCCCAGCGAAUGAAGUUUUCCGGCGUAUUCCCCUGAAGUCCACAGGCUAUUCACCCGUAUCGCCAGCCAGUAUCUUGAAGUCACCCGCCCUUCGAGGAGCGUUUAGCGGUGACAGCCCGGAUAGCACCCGUAGUGGAAUGAGCGGGAUGCUGGAGUUUGCAGACUUUGUGGACUUUGGCGGCGAGAUGGACGAAUUGACGAACGGUUUUUCCCACCAGGAUCUUAACGCACCCUGGAGCCCCUCCCAACUGCUUGGUCUGGGGCGCUCUGAGGUGGCGGAGCCGUUGGCUGUUCCGCGAUUCAAACUCCAUACGCCAAGACGUAACUCGGAAGAGAUUUCUGAGAAAUCGUUCGGCGAAACUCUUUCGGCUCAUUCGUCGCGCGGCUCAGAAGAAAGGCAUUCGUCUGGAAGCGAGCACUCGCUUAGCCAUGAUCACUCUCUCGGCAACGACCGUCAUCUCUAUUCGCAUAGUGAUGAACACUCUAGCAGUGACCGUUCCCCUCAACGUCUCCACUCACCAUCAUCAGAUAGUGACAUAGACUACACGUCAGAAGGUGAAGAAAUUUCCUCGCUCGACGCUUCGGUGACAGAGUCACCGAGACCGCAUGCGAGCGCAUUCCUCCCCCAGGGACAUGAUGCUGGCUACGACCCGCGGCGAAUGUCUAUGUCGUUCAAGGGCCUCAAGAGCGCGGCGUUCGACAACAACUUUGCAGACAUCCACAACGGACAGCUCCGCGAGUCGGGGUCACACCAGUCGUUCACGCUUCCACCGCUGGAGUCGUUCAACAGCAUUCCGUCCGGGCUGUCGCAUGGCAUGUCUCCUAUGGCCAGUGACCCGAAACGUAGCCUCGCCGCAGCCCGGGCCGGUGGGGCGAGACCAAAGCCGAAGAUGAAUGUGAAAUUUUCGUCGCGGAUCAUUUUAUACGAGACUUAUCAUGGAGACGAGUACGAUCGCCACCCGGAGAUAGCUACGUGCAACCAGUUGACCCCGAAGUUGGCUCAGCUCAUUAAGAACGAGUUGAAUGCGGUGAAGGCGGAGAUGCCUGUCCAUGAGACAUCGAGGUGUUAUACGCAUUUCUUUUAGUUUGUCCCAUCCAGGUUAGAUAAAAGAUGUUCUAGGGUAGAGUUUGUAUUUGUGACUUGAGAUAAGGAGUCCACUAGGGGUUCUAUGCUAAUGUGAUUUGAUGUCAGAGGUUAUUUGAGAAAUAUGUUUAUCUAUAAUUUGAUGCAUCUACCGGGAUUAUGUGUUAAUGUGCCUUGGACCAGGAAUUGUCUUUUGGAGCUUGAUAUAAUGUUUGUGAAAUAAUGAAGUAUCAGGGUUACAAGCAUUUACUUGCUUUGGUCAUACUAGAAGGUUAAAGAUUGGAAUGCUUCCCAGUUAAAGCUGGGAAACAGAAAACCUAUCACGUUAGAUAAAGGUGGCAAAUUGAGUGAGUAAACGAAGAAUUAAAUGUCGAAGCUGGGUCAUGAAAAGUAGAGUCUCUGAA